AUGUUCGUAUUGCAGGCACGAAUCUUACUGGAUGAGGAGCAAACUUCGUUGUUUGGUCUUGCCAAUAACGUCGAAUGGACAGAUGCUGUGAAAAGUUACUAUGAUGCACCGCGAAAGAUCAUAGGGUUUCUGUCUCAACAGAUCGGGGUCCCUGCCAACCAGAUAAUCCAAAAGCUCCAUCAGCCAGCUGCGGCUCUUCCUUUUAUAGUUGAAAAGGAAGACUCUGUCUCUGAUGCCCCACUAUCAGGCAGUGACCAAGAUGCCGCUCUGGAAAAAGCCCCUCCAUCCGCCGGUGACCAAGAUGCCGCUCUGGAAAAGGCCCCUCCAUCCGCCAGUGACCAAGAUGCCGCUCUGGAAAAGGCCCCUCCAUCCGCCAGUGACCAAGAUGCCGCUCUGGAAAACGGCCUUAUCUCCCGUCGAAAGUUUGUCAUACAGAGAAUUGUUCCAGCGGUCCAGAAGAUAGCAAACACCAACUUGGUCAUGAAAUUGCUAGAGAAUUGUUUCCCGGGUCUAUCGGGAGACGUGAUAAAGUGUUUGCUGGAGGUUGACCAGGCUUCUAUCUCUGACAAUAAAAAUAUUCUCCUGACCCCGACGCUCCUGGAUGCAGCGAAAAAGAUGAAAUCAGAUGAGAGGAUUGAGAAUGCAUUUUUCUUUCCCCCAAUUGCAGAUGGCUACUACUUUAUUGCCCCAGAUGAUAAAUGCAAGAAAAUGGCUGUUGACAAACACAUCUUGACAUUCAGCCUAUCGGAUUUGCAACACCUCACGAGCACAGUGCCUCUCAAUCCAGAUCGUAUCUACCAACUUGAACUGGCCGGGGAAGAAAAAAGCUUGACAAGUGUGAGAUUUUCCAGCUCUCAAGCAGAACCGCAGUUAUUCACUCCGGAAACCCUAUGUCCAGAACCCUUGGCUUCCAACAUCUGUCAGGCCUUCAAUGGCCUGGAGAGAUCGUUGCUUGCCGUCAAACUGUUCCAAAUUGACCUCUCGGAAGUGAGAUAUUUCCAGAGUCAAGGUAUGAUAUUUUCCAAACUUACGGUCUCCGAUGUCUUCAAACUCCACGAGUUCACUCUCUACCGGCGUGAAUGCUCAAAUACAGAAACAUCGGCCCCUGUGCGUUAUUUACGCUACUUGGACUCCAUCCCCAUGGAUGCUGGAGUGGAGCUCAGGAAGCAGCUGGUGGCCGAAACAGCUUCUCUGACAAAGCUGACGAUCAGUCAAGUCGAAGAUUAUCUGCUAAGCAAAUGGCCGACAUGCAGCGUGAAGACGAUAGCUAACAUUCUGCGGACACCUCGCGAAAUAAUUAAUAUGCUUUUUGCAACACGCAUGGCAGAUACACUGGGCCUUCGCAUGGUGAAUCUAUUUGAAUGGUGUAUGCUGCCUUCUAUACCAACCUGGGAAGAAGAUCACCAGCUCGCACGUUCGCUGAAGAUGCCGUUGUCAUCCUCCUCUUCCUUACCGACAGCCGCUCAUGCCAACCAGCAACGUGCACUACAAGCAUAUCUUCUGGAGAUGCCCUUUUUCCGUGAUCAGGAAAUCAACACCCCUGAUGGGCUUUUCAAGUACUUUUUGAUUGAUGUUCAGAUGGGCUCUGAACUUCAAACUACCCGGAUUGGACAGGCCAUUGCUACAGUCCAGCUCUUCGUUCAGCGGUGUCUCCUAGGGCUUGAAAAGAAAAACGGCAUUCAAACCAAUGUCAUUAAUAGCUCCAAGUGGGACUGGAUGGGUCGAUUUACGCUGUGGCAGGCGAAUCGGAAGGUCUUCCUCUACCCCGAGAACUGGACGGAUCCCACGCUGCGUGAUAAUCAGACAGAAGCAUUCAAAGUGCUACAGGGCAAAGUCUUGCAGAACAGCCUGAACCUCGAAUCCAUCAACCAGAUGAUUCGUGAAUACAUCUAUAGCGUGAAUGAGAUCGCGGAUCUUGAGAUCCAAAGCUACCUAUGGGAGGGUACUAGUGGGAGUUUCCGUGGCAAAUAUCACAUCUUUGCUCGAACUCGAACAGCCCCCUACAUAUUCUACUAUCGUUGGUUAGAGGUCAUCGGUGUGUUCGGAGCGCAGCUGGAGUGGUAUUGGUUUCCUUGGAUGAAAAUGGAUGUCGAUAUUCCGUCGUAUGAGGUCGAUGGCGACAACUCUACUUUACCCAAGCCCGGAACCUAUCUGAUGCCGGCGCUGCUGAAAGACCGUCUUUAUCUGUUUAUCCCACAGAUUAUCAAGAAAACCUUACCCAGUCCGACGACAGAUGUUAAGUUUGGUGACCUGCCAGGAACUAAACUGGACGCGCUUUCGGCACAGGACUACUGGGAGAUCAAGAUGGGCUGGACAGAGUUACGGAAUGGCAAAUGGUCAGCAAAACAGACCACCCAAACGGGAAUUGAAGUUAAGCGGCCCAAGCCAACAUCUGAGUCGGAUUCUCAACCGGGCUCUACGGCCAAUCCUGAGCCUAAAUGGGUCCUGCCGUCUGUGUCAUCUUUCAGAUUCCGAUUGCAAUCUCGAAGCUCAACCUCAACCCCAGGUUCUAAUUCCACGCCAAUUUUAAUGAUUCACACCGAGUGGUUAAAGCUUGACUCCGUGGAGAAGAGAGAUAAGCAAACCCAUGCUGAAAUUGUCUACAUUGGUAGCUUUGAGAUGCAAGGAGUCCGGUUGAGAGUUUCAACAACAAGUAUUCCCCCGGAGAAAACCCCCUCAUUACAGUGGCUUACGACGUUCUCCCGCUUCUCACACCAUUCAUCCUGCGAAAAUGCUAGUUUGCUGGUUGCUGAGGUUGAAAGUACCGUCCAGGUUCCGUAUACCAAGAGCUUGACGAUUGAUAAUAACCUGGGGAAGGACGAGCAGAUACCCAUUGACAAAUUCGUCAAGGUAGAGACUUCUCCUCCAAUGCCUCUUCUAGCAGUUCCAGAUCCAAAGCCAGUCGCGGGCGAAGUAGCAGGUUAUGAUCUGUCGUGGUUGAUGGCUUUUGAUGAUACUCAGAAUGCAGCAGGUACCGGGCUCGUUGUUGAGAGGUAUACAGCCUCAGCGGUGGAGUCUUUCUUUGGUUUUCCGGCGCCUAAAAUUGAUGCGACUGCCUUCGAUACCCAGGCUAAAACAACAGUAUUGACGACGUCACUCAGCUAUGGCACGGCUCCACUGCUAAUGGAGAAGGCGACUUCGACUGAUGACCUGGAGAGUAUAUUCGGAACAUUGGAGAACAUCCCAAAGAACAUGAUCCAUUUGGCCUUUGGGCAAGAUGGGGAACUGUUCCGUGAGCUAACCUCCCCUUCAUCUAUUUACACUUGGGAGCUCGGUUUUCAUGUGAUUCUGCUUCUCGUCGAGCGGUUAUUGGCCACUCAACAGUUUGAUCUCGCGAUACAAUUAUCGCGGCAAGUCUUUGACCCAACUCGCAACGAUAAAUUCUUGUCCAAGGGGCAAGAUAUCGUAAAAUCUAACACCGAAAAUGAACCAAUGUCUCGGCUCGAUUACUGUUGGAGGUUCCAUCCAUUCAAGUCCCACGCAGUACGCACGAAAGGCUCAACUCGAGAUAUUGUAAAAUGCCUUGACGCCAAUUCUACGCCGAAUGAUAUUACCUUGUGGGAAGCGAACCCCUUUUCUGCGCAUUCCGUGGCGCGGCAGAGGCCAGUCAUUUACAUGAAACGAUUUGUGAUCAAGUGUAUCGAGAUCCUCCUUGCCAGUGGCGAUCAUCAUUUUCGCCAAAAUUCCCUCGAGGCCAUUCCACUCGCUCUGCAGCGGUAUGUGGAAGCCUCGGAGUUGUUUGGACCAGCGCCGCAAGCCAUCGACUCACCCACGGAGAAAUCGACCCGUACGUACGCGCAGAUCAAGGAUUUUGUUGAUGCCUUUGCAAACAGCAGAGUGGACAUGGAAUUGCUCUUUCCUUAUUUCAUCAAUUCGCAAAAGCAGUCUGGCUCACAAAAAUAUCGUCACGGCACGCUGGGGUUUGUGAAUUCAACCUAUUUUUCAGUGCCCACAAAUCCUGAAGUCCAAGCUCUUCGCGAAGCUAUUGAUGAUCGGUUUUUUAAAAUACGCCACGGGCUUGACAUUUACGGGAAUCCUCGUCGGCUUCCACUGUUUGAUCCUCCUGUGGACGUCGGUCAGCUGGUGGCUCACGCAGCGAACGGUGGUGGUACCGGCUUUGGUGCUCUUUUAGAAGCCAUUGAUGGGCCUAUGCCUAACUACCGCUCGAUGUACCUACUACAAAAGGCACUCGAACUUUGUGGUGAGCUCAAGGUCUUUGCAGAUUCAUUUCUGAUUAUCAAAGAAAAACAAGAUGCAGAGGAGCUCUCAUCUCUUCGCGCACGGCAGGACGUAGGUAUGCAGAGCUUGCUCACUGAAAUCAAGAGAAUGCAAUUGAAAGAGUCUCUUUCCACACUUCAAUCACUUUCAGAAACCAGGAAGUCCCAUGUCACUCGUCUCCAAUUCUACCUACGGUUGAUCGGUGAGCCCCCCCGAGCGAGUACCAAGUCCUACCCAGGAAUGGGAAGAUAUCCAGCAGGUUAUUGA